GUAGAUUCACAUUCCGGUGUCGAUGCUGUAAAGUUGCCUGUGACACCUUGGAGAAACAGCGGUGUGUGUGUGUGUGUGUGGUGUGGCGCGCGCUGAUUGCUCGGUAGGCGCGCUCUCUGUCACCGGGCGGGAGGAGUUCCCGGGCUUCAAAGCGCAAGCUCAGAGGGACUUUUUUUUCUCUCUCUCUCGCUCUCUCUCGCGCGCGCGCUCUCUCUCUCUCCGCCAGGCAGAUCGUUCCGUUCCGUCUGGUGUCAGUGCGCUCACACGAUGCGCGUGCGGAGGAACACCAGCCACCAACCUGACCAACUAUGGAUGCGUUAAACGGUGGAUUCUAAAUUUCUUCAAAGGGAAAAAAAACACAGUGAGGAAGAUAUGAGCAUGAGAAUACACACGUUAUAGUUUUUUUUUUUUUUUUACAAUUAUUAUUUUAUUUAACUUAACCUGCUUGUGUGUAAAAAAAAAAAGAAAAAGCAAAGGAAAGGAGGAAGACAAAAAAAAAGAGGAAGACAAAAUCCUAGUUUUUGGUUUGGUCCUGGAGAUGUUGGUGCGUCCGGUGGUGUGCGCUCGCGCUCCGAGGCGCGCGCACAAGCGCGUGGACAGCGACGAGACCGCGGCCAAGUGCCCGAGGCUGAGCGAGUGCGCGGGCGGAGACACGGCUCUGUUCCUGGCCGCGUCUCCGGUGUCUCCGCGCGGCACCAGCGCUGUCCCGGUGUGCGCGUCCCGCAUCGGACAGUUCCUGCUCCUGCCCUCAGUGGACCCGGCCGCCGCCGCACACAGCGCACUGGACGUGGACACCGGCGAGGAGCUCGUAUGCAAGGUGUUUGACAUGGGCCAGUAUCAAGAGAAGAUCAGAUCUUACAGCAUGCUCCCAAGACACAGGAAUAUCGCCCAGCUCAAAGACAUUAUCCUCGGCGAACGCAAGGCCUACGUGUUCCAAGAGAAGGACUACGGUGACAUGCACACUUUUGUAAAAAGCUGCAAGCGUCUGCCUGAAAAGCAGGCCUCGAAGCUCUUUUAUCAGAUAGCCUCUGCAGUGGCCCAUUGCCACCAGAACGGCAUAGUGCUGGGAGAUCUGAAGCUUCGCAAGUUCGUGUUUGCGGAUGAGAAAAGGACCCAUUUAAAGCUUGGAGGUCUGGAGGACUGCCGGAUCCUGUCCGGAGAGGACGAUUCCGUUUCGGACACGCACGGCUGCCCGGCUUACGUCAGUCCAGAAAUCCUGAGCGGUGGAGGUAGCUACUCAGGGAAGCGAGCGGACGCCUGGAGCCUAGGAGUCAUGCUGUACACGAUGCUGGCAGGGCGCUACCCAUUCCAUGACUCAGACCCGGCCACGCUGUUCUCGAAGAUACGGCGCGGUGCCUACGGCCUGCCCGAGGGCUUAUCGGCACGGGCGCGCUGCCUCGUGCGGAGCCUCCUGCGCAGGGAGCCGAGCGAGAGGCUGAGCGCCACCGACGUGCUCCUCCACCCGUGGUUCCACCGUAGCAACGAACACGACGCCGGCGAACAGGAAGUCAGCUCGGCCGAGCAGCGAGUGCCUCAGGUGCACCUGGAGUCGAACGAGCAUCUCUUCUGCUGACGAAUACUUCUCGAUGGCUCUGAUUUGGACCAACAUUUGAAGGAUUCUAUAAUUGGAGCAGCUCUCUACACCGUGGUUCGAAUUAAAAACUCUUUCAUUUCGAGUGGGACACGCAGCUAUUCCGCCGACAGUGGGUUUGGCCCUGGGACAAAAACACACAGAUGUGCUCUUACGGGUUCUUCAAUUUUAGACUUGAGCACAGUCGUAAUUUAUGGACUCUCGAAUGUUUGUCCUCGAUGGUUUGGAUUCGGACCAAAAACUGUUUGACACACCCUUAUGGAUCCUUAAAUGUUAGACUUGGGAACACUUGUUAAUGUUAAUUUAUGGGUUCUUUCGAGUGCGUGCACUUGUGUAUGUGCUCGGAGUGCCAUAUUGUCUGUGUUAGGUUAAGAGGCUUGAUGCAGAUUGGUUGGUGUACAAUGAAGUGAUUUUGGUGCUAAUGACCUCCUUUAUCAUGCUGUAUGAAGUGAGCACUGAGGCAUGGGAAAUACAAGGCUGUCAUCCAGAUGACAAACCUCAGCUGAGUCCUGAGGACUCCACACGUAUUAACUAAAGAGGGGGAAGGGAACAUGAGCCUGAACUGUAGCUCUACUCACACUGUCUAAUACAGAGGAAAUCACUAACUAACUAACUCAGUGACUACAACUCAAACAUACCUAGGUUUAUAUUUACGUACAUAAAUUGAGGCGGAUGCAUGACAUCAUAACUCUCCAAACGGUACAAAAUGAGUGCAGGGUUUAAAGCAUAGUCCAUCCUUAAUUUUUAAGUGAUAUCAUGUAUGACAGAUGGCAUGGUGGCUUACCUGCGGGGUUUGGGUUCGAUUCCCACCUCGGGUCUGUGUGCAUGGAGUUUGCAUGUGCUUGGUGGGUUUCCUCCUUGUACACCAGUUUCCUCCCACAGUUCAAAGACAUGCAGAUUAGGCUAAUUAGCAUUCCUAAAUUGUCCGUAGUGUGUGUGUGUGUGUCCCGCCUUGUGCAUGGGAUAGGCUCCAGACCCCCGCAACCCUGUAUACAGGAUAAAACGGUUUAGAUGAUUGAGUGAGUUAGUGAUUACAUUAUAUACUACAAAGUAUAGGUGCUAAAAUGCUAUCUAACAUUAUGGUAAACCGUAGCCCGUACGCAAAUUUACAAUAUAUUUUCCUUAAACCGAUUUAAAUGGUAUAUCGAUAUCGUUAACAAACGCAACACUUCCUUACGUAAAUUAGUGAAUCGUGCCCUUGUAGCACAACAGACACGGUCAUGUGUACGCCUGACGAAGAACCUGAUCCAGAUGAGAUUAUUCUAUUCUAUAUAACUAUUUUUUUGGUUUUGUUUUUUUUAAAACUUCUGAUCUACUGUAGUCCAAGGUGACUAAUAAACCCACAAUAGCUCCGCUGAAAGGGUAGAACCUAUUUUUGGAGGCUCUAAUGUUUCCUCCCCCUCUCUUGCGGGAAGUCGUACUGUACGUUACCUCCGAGGCAAAGUGCCAGGCUCGUAACAAUGCGAGGUUGCGAAACGACCUGUCCAUGCAUCCAGAGCACUGACACGGGUGCGCAAAGUUCAUAUUGCACUGUGAAUCCUGUAUUUUGUGACACGACCUCGAGAUUAAACCACGAGGCCCCGACGGAAAAUAUGUAAAUAUGUACAUUUUCAGUGUGUGAACAGAUUGAAUAAAGAUGAGCUUUUUCCUUA